AUGGAAGUUUUCUCCCUCAUCCUGGUUGUGUCCGUCUGCUGGACUCGAACCUGGAAAGCGGCGAUUGCAGAUUCAAUCAUUCAUAUCGGGGCGAUUUUUGAUGAGUCUGCCAAAAAAGAUGAGGAAGUUUUUCGAAUGGCAGUUGCUGAUCUCAACCAGAAUGAUGAAAUCUUACAGACAGAGAAAAUCACAUGUUCUGUGACCUUUGUGGAUGGCAACAACCCAUUUCAGGCAGUUCAAGAAGCCUGCGACCUUAUGAACCAAGGCAUCCUGGCACUUGUCAGCUCCAUUGGUUGCACGUCAGCCGGAUCCCUGCAGUCGCUAGCAGAUGCCAUGCACAUCCCUCACCUCUUCAUCCAGCGCUCGACAGCAGGAACGCCAAGGAGCGGCUGCGGGCUCACACGGAGCAACCGCAACGACGACUACACGCUCUCUGUCCGUCCCCCUGUCUACUUAAACGAUGUCAUUUUGAGGGUGGUCACGGAAUACGCCUGGCAAAAAUUCAUCAUUUUUUAUGAUAAUGAGUAUGAUAUCCGUGGCAUACAAGAGUUUUUGGACAAAGUGUCUCAGCAAGGAAUGGAUGUUGCCUUGCAGAAAGUAGAAAACAACAUCAACAAAAUGAUCACGGGGCUCUUUGCCACGAUGCGGAUAGAAGAGCUGAACCGCUACCGGGACACGCUGAGACGGGCAAUUCUUGUCAUGAACCCAUCGACGGCCAAAUCUUUCAUAACAGAGGUCGUGGAGACUAAUUUGGUUGCUUUUGACUGUCACUGGAUCAUUAUAAAUGAGGAAAUAAAUGAUGUGGACGUGCAGGAGCUGGUGAGGAGGUCAAUUGGAAGGCUAACAAUUAUUCGACAGACGUUUCCAGUCCCCCAAAACAUAAGUCAGCGCUGUUUCCGUGGCAACCACAGAAUAUCUUCAUCACUCUGUGAUCCAAAGGACCCUUUCUCCCAGAGCAUGGAGAUUUCAAACCUGUAUAUAUAUGACACUGUCCUCCUGUUGGCAAAUGCCUUUCACAAGAAGCUAGAAGACAGGAAGUGGCACAGCAUGGCCAGUUUGACCUGCAUCAGAAAGAAUUCAAAACCGUGGCAAGGAGGACGAUCCAUGCUGGACACCAUCAAGAAGGGUGGAGUAAAUGGCUUGACUGGAGAGCUCGAAUUUGCAGAAAAUGGGGGGAAUCCCAAUGUUCACUUUGAAAUUCUGGGGACCAAUUAUGGAGAAGAUCUUGGCAGAGGUAUCCGUAAGCUUGGCUGCUGGAAUCCCGUCACCGGCCUGAACGGGUCACUGACGGACAGAAAGCUGGAGAAUAACAUGAGAGGAGUGGUUCUGCGUGUGGUGACUGUGCUGGAAGAGCCAUUUGUCAUGGUGUCUGAAAAUGUUCUGGGAAAACCGAAGAAAUAUCAGGGCUUCUCAAUAGAUGUGUUGGAAGCCUUGGCCAAUUAUCUUGGCUUUAAAUAUGAAAUUUAUGUUGCACCCGAUCACAAGUAUGGAAGUCCUCAGGAUGAUGGAUCAUGGAAUGGACUGAUAGGAGAACUAGUGUUUAAGAGGGCUGAUAUAGGGAUCUCUGCCUUAACCAUCACCCCUGAUCGUGAGAAUGUGGUGGACUUCACGACUCGUUACAUGGACUAUUCGGUGGGCGUGCUCCUUCGGAAGGCAGAGAAGACAGUGGACAUGUUUGCCUGCCUGGCACCAUUCGACCUCUCCCUGUGGGCGUGCAUAGCUGGCACGGUGCUGCUAGUUGGGCUCCUGGUCUACCUCUUGAACUGGCUCAACCCUCCACGCCUUCAGAUGGGAUCCAUGACCUCCACCACACUCUACAACUCUAUGUGGUUCGUGUAUGGAUCCUUUGUGCAACAAGGAGGAGAAGUGCCAUACACAACACUGGCGACCCGGCUGAUGAUGGGGGCUUGGUGGCUUUUUGCUUUGAUUGUUAUCUCAUCCUACACGGCAAACCUAGCAGCUUUCCUCACCAUCACUCGCAUUGAGAACUCCAUCCAGUCUCUCCAGGAUCUCUCAAGGCAGACGGAUAUUCCUUACGGCACUGUCCUGGACUCCGCAGUCUAUGAGCAUGUCCGAGUGAAAGGGAUGAAUCCUUUCGAGAGGGAUAGCAUGUACUCCCAAAUGUGGCGGAUGAUUAACAGAAGUAAUGGCUCUGAGAACAACGUUUUGGAAUCGACCGCAGGCAUUCAGAAGGUGAAACAUGGGAACUACGCCUUUGUGUGGGACGCAGCAGUACUGGAAUACGUGGCCAUCAAUGACGCAGACUGCUCUUUCUAUACGGUCGGGAACACGGUUGCAGACAGAGGAUACGGAAUUGCCCUGCAGCACGGCAGCCCCUACCGGGACGUCUUCUCCCAAAGGAUCUUGGAGCUGCAGCAGAACGGAGACAUGGACAUACUGAAGCACAAGUGGUGGCCUAAGAAUGGUCAGUGCGACCUUUACUCCUCUGUGGAUGCCAAACAGAAAGGCGGUGCCCUGGACAUAAAAAGUUUUGCAGGUGUUUUCUGUAUCCUCGCUGCUGGGAUUGUCCUAUCCUGUUUCAUUGCAAUGUUGGAAACUUGGUGGAAUAAAAGGAAAGGCUCCCGGGUUCCUUCAAAAGAGGAUGACAAGGAGAUCGAUCUGGAGCACCUGCACAGGCGCGUGAACAGCCUCUGCACGGACGACGACAGUCCCCACAAACAGUUUUCCACCUCGUCAAUUGACUUGACCCCGCUGGACAUUGACACUUUACCCACACGUCAAGCGCUGGAGCAAAUCAGUGACUUCAGAAACACUCACAUCACCACGACAACCUUCAUACCCGAGCAGAUCCAGACUCUGAGCCGUACUCUGUCUGCUAAAGCUGCUUCUGGUUUCUCCUUCGGCAACGUACCUGAGCACCGAACUGGCCCUUUUAGGCACAGGGCGCCUAACGGUGGCUUUUUCAGAAGCCCCAUCAAAACAAUGUCAUCUAUCCCUUACCAACCAACUCCCACGCUGGGGCUCAAUCUUGGCAAUGACCCAGACCGAGGCACCUCCAUAUGAGCAUCAGAACAAGUUUCUUCACUGUCUCUUUUUUAGGACUCCCUUUGCAAGGAGCAGCUGUA